AACUAACUAAACAUAACAGAUUACAUCAGCUCAGGCUUUUCAAUUCCUGGAUGGCAGUAGAGUGCUAAUCCAACCUUCAUCCUGGAUUUCAUAAACUGAAACAAGGGAGGCUGGCAGGAGCAGCGCUGCCGGAUUGAGGAAGCUGACGACGGUGCAGCAUGUGGGCAACACGCUGUAUAAAGCUCAUAAACUUGUAGGCUGAUGUGUGCAGCUACUGCUUUGGAUUCUGUACCGCUGCUUCCCUCCGCACCAGGCGCCGGGCUGAACACCGCAAUCUGCUCCCUGGGACCGAGCGUUGACCCCUGCGAGACAUGAAGGGCUUCCUUUUGCUCACACUCCUCCUAAUGCCUGCACACGCUGGAGCUGCUUGGAGUGCGAAAUACGCGGUCGAUUGCCCCGAGCCCUGUGACAGUAAUGCGUGCAAAAGCACCUUGCGCUGUAAGCGGACGGUGCUGGACGACUGCGGCUGCUGCCGGGUGUGCGCGGCAGUGCUGGGCGAGACGUGCUAUCGCACGGUCUCGGGCAUGGACGGUGUCAAGUGCGGCCCGGGGCUGAAGUGCCAGUUUUACACUGAGGAGGAUGAUUUUGGUGAUGAAUUCGGUAUCUGCAAAGAGUGUCCCUACGGUACCUAUGGCAUGGAGUGCAGGAAAACUUGCAACUGUCCGUCUGGCAUCUGUGACAGAGUCACUGGGAAGUGUUUGAAGUUCCCAUUUUUUCAACUGUCUGCUUCAAAGCCUCCAAAUCGACGAAAAAUAAUUUCUCACACAGAUAACGACAUGGCAUCAGGGGAUGGCAAUUCUGUAAAAGAGGAAUUUGUUAAGGAGAAAGCAAUUCGCACCCCCGUGAUGAAGUGGCUAAAUCCUCGCUGAUAUUUACUUGGGCUAAUAAGACUUCAUAAAGAAUGCAUUUCUCACAGAUCAUUGAAUAUGCAACAACACACUUUAAGAACGAAGUAAAUCUAUAGCGUAUGAAAAUGUAACCUCUACAGGCCAAUUGUGAUUCUGUUUGUCAUGAGAAAAAUGUUUACUUAAAAAUAGACUGUACAGUGUAUAUGAUUUUUGGUAUUUGUUUUGAUAAGUAUUUGGAGAAAGAAACAUUGGGGAUCUCUGAAUGUAUAGUAAUAUUGAAAAAAGAGCACAAGUCAUUUAAAUAAUAUCAUAAGCCCACUUUUGCAGCCUCAGUCCAGGAAAGCUCUCACUGAAUUCUGUUGACAGUUUGGGUGAAUGAAACCAUGGGUAUGGAGCCAAGGCAAUAAAAAGGGAUGUCAACAAAUCCCAGGAUAGAAAGCAAUGCCCCUGAGUCACACCAGCAAAACAACAACAACAUAAGAGCUCAGUGGUGCGAAUUAAAUAAACCAGUGUUAGUCACUGGUCAUUUUCUGCUUUUUGGAAGUUUGGUGACAAUUGCUUGGAUGUAAACACACCUUUCUUCAGGGAGAAAACACAUUUGAAUUUAUAUUGAAGAACUUUGCUGAAAUACUGCAGGCAUAUCCCAUAUUAAGCAGGACUUCUGAAAUUAAAUUCUGUGGAAAGAAAAGCAUGCUUAGUAAAUUAUACUGAUAUAUAGAGAAGGAUCAGAAAAGAAAGAAGUUGCUUAGCAUUAUUUAAAUGUGUAUGCUUCUAUAAAGCAGCUGUUUUGGUGCCGUUAGAGCAAUGCCUCCAUUUAUUGGGUCAGAGGACUGCAAAUGGACCUUCAUCCUCUCCAUCCUCAUCAUGGACUGUUGCUCAGCUGUCACUCUGCUGGAACUCAUCUAAUCAAAUGAAUGGAAAACUCGGACUCUCAGUUAAGUGACAGGGCAGCCAAGCUCACAGAGUUCCAGGUGACCCUACUGGAGCAGGGGUUGGUCCAGGUGACCUCCAGAGGUCCCUUCCAGCCUCAGCCAUUCAGGGAUUCUGUGAUGCUUUGGUGUCAAGCCAUCCGUUUCUUAUGUGCAUGAGCAAGCAUCCCCAUUUUAGUCAGUAUAAUUUAUAUACUUCAGCGUGUUUCGGGAACUUGGCAGCAUCCAUCAUUCAAGCCCAACUGGAUUAUAUUUGUAACACAAAAUGCCACACAGGGAUAGGUUUUCUGGUAUGUUUGGAAAUGACUGGAUUUUCAGAUAAAGGAAGUGAAUGUAGCGUAACAGAACGAACCUGUGCUGCAUAAGUUCAGAACUGCCUCAUUAGACAGAAAACUCUCAUUGGAAAUGCACUUUGAAUUGAAUUGCAUGUUCACUUUGAAAGCAAUGUGAGCUCUGACAGUGACUUCAGUAAAACAAGGAGCACAGAGUACCACUGCCAAGGUUUUGUGCAGGAUCUGAAAAUUUACCUUGUAACUACAACCAAGAGAAACUCUGGAGCCUUUAAGAAGUCCAGACCUUGAUCCAAAGGCAGCUUCAGUGAAAGCAGGUUGCUUACCUGAGAGGGAAACACUGAGUCACACCGUGUCAGAGCAAAAGGACAAUGUCUGCUGUUUGAAGUCUGGACUUCAAAUAUCAAUAUGGCAGCAUGGGUCCAUGAUAAUCUAGAAAGCAUAAAUCUCAAACUAGCAGAUACCACAUUUUAACUUGUAAUGAAUGUCUAGGACUGAGAGGGAGAAAUUCUGUCUUGGGAUAUUUAUAGGAAAACAUAUUGAUACUCAUCUAUUGAUAUCAAAAGCAAUCUUCUGACACUUUCAGUGAGAGCAGAAUCCAAUCCACGCUCUUUCAGCAGACUGAAUUGCAUUAUUUAAAGAAUGUAGUAAAUAUUUGCAUACAUUAUUGUUGUUUUACAAGUGUCAUAAAUGAUGUUCUUGAAUGUAAAUCUAAUAAGCUGGUUGAUUUUUAAAAGGAUGUGUUAACUAUUGUUCAAUAAAAAACGUCUGAAAGCA